UUAAAAUCUUCCGGCUGAGAGGGCUGAAAAUUUUGAUGUACGACUGGGUUCUAGUUUAAAAGUUCUACGCAAAAUUUCGAGUGUUUAUAAAUAGUUGAAUAUAUUCAAAAGCGCGUAAUUAUGGCAGUGAGAUUAAUGAGCGCUCAGGCACAGGUGUGCAAACUGGGCAAACAUGUCGUGGAUCCAAUGGCGCGUCAGUUUCAUGCUUCCUGCUAUGCCGCCUCCAAGGUGGCGCUGUCGAAAUUUGACUCGGGCGUCUAUAUGCCCUACGAUAAGCUGAGCAAGCGUCUCGAUGUGGUGAAGAGUCGUUUGAAUCGCCCCCUGACCUUGUCCGAGAAGGUGCUGUACUCCCACUUGGAUGAUCCGGCAAAUCAGGAUAUUGUCCGCGGCACAUCCUAUCUGCGCCUGCGUCCCGAUCGCGUUGCCAUGCAGGAUGCCACCGCUCAGAUGGCUCUGCUGCAGUUCAUCUCUUCGGGUCUGAAGAAGGUGGCCGUUCCCUCGACCGUGCACUGUGAUCACUUGAUUGAGGCCCAGGUCGGUGGCGUCAAGGAUUUGGCCCGUGCCAAGGAUCUGAAUCGUGAGGUCUACGACUUUUUGGCAUCGACAUGCGCUAAGUAUGGCUUGGGCUUCUGGAAGCCAGGCAGCGGCAUUAUCCAUCAAAUCAUCCUGGAGAAUUAUGCCUUCCCCGGUCUGUUGAUGAUCGGCACCGACUCUCACACUCCCAAUGGCGGUGGUCUGGGUGGUCUCUGCAUUGGUGUUGGUGGUGCCGAUGCCGUCGACGUCAUGGCUGACAUUGCCUGGGAGCUCAAGUGUCCCAAGGUGAUUGGUGUCAAGUUGAAUGGCAAGAUUAGCGGCUGGACCUCGCCCAAGGAUGUCAUCCUGAAGGUUGCCGAUAUUUUGACUGUCAAGGGCGGCACUGGCGCCAUCAUUGAGUAUCACGGCAAGGGCGUCGAUUCCAUCUCCUGCACGGGCAUGGCUACCAUCUGUAACAUGGGUGCUGAGAUCGGUGCCACCACAUCGCUGUUCCCCUUCAACCAGCGCAUGGCCGAUUACCUUAAGUGCACCGGCCGCGCCGGUAUUGCCGGAGAGGCCCAGAAGUAUCAUUCCAAGCUGCUGACCGCGGAUAACAACUGCGAGUACGAUGAGCUGAUUGAGAUCAAUCUGGAUACACUGGAGCCACAUGUCAACGGUCCAUUCACACCCGAUUUGGGUCACCCCAUUAGCAAGCUGUCGGAGAACUCGAAGAAGAAUGGCUACCCAAUGGACAUUCGCGUCGGCCUGAUUGGAUCCUGCACGAACUCGUCGUACGAGGAUAUGGGUCGAUGUGCCAGCAUUGCCAAGGAUGCCAUGGCCCAUGGCCUUAAGUCCAAGAUUCCAUUCAAUGUGACACCCGGCUCGGAGCAGAUUCGUGCUACCAUUGAACGUGACGGCUACUCCGAAAUCUUUGACAAAUUCGGCGGCACUGUGUUGGCCAACGCCUGUGGUCCCUGCAUUGGUCAGUGGGAUCGUCAGGAUGUGAAGAAGGGUGAAAAGAACACCAUUGUCACCUCAUACAAUCGCAAUUUCACCGGUCGUAACGAUGCCAAUCCGGCAACUCAUUGCUUCGUCACCAGCCCCGAGUUGGUCACAGCUCUCUCCAUUGCUGGUCGCCUGGACUUCAAUCCAAUGACCGAUGAACUCACCGGCGCCGAUGGCAAGAAGUUCAAGCUGAAGGCUCCAUUCGGUGACGAGCUGCCCGCCAAGGGCUUCGAUCCCGGCCAGGACACCUACACUGCUCCCCCACCUAGCGGUGACAACAUUAAGGUGGCUGUGGAUCCCAAAUCAACGCGCCUGCAGUUGCUGGAGCCAUUCGACAAGUGGAGCGGCCAGGAUCUGAAGGACAUGACCGUUCUGAUCAAGGUCAAGGGCAAGUGCACCACGGAUCACAUCUCAGCGGCUGGACCAUGGCUCAAGUUCCGCGGCCAUUUGGACAACAUCUCCAACAACAUGUUCAUUGGCGCCACCAACUACGAGAACAAUGAGAUGAACAAGAUCAAGAAUCAGCGCACUGGCAGCUGGGGCAAUGUGCCCGAGGUCGCUCGCGACUACAAGGCCAACAACAUCAAGUGGGUCGCCAUCGGCGAUGACAACUACGGCGAGGGCUCGUCUCGCGAGCAUGCUGCGCUGGAGCCACGUCAUUUGGGUGGUCGUGCCAUCAUUGUGAAGUCGUUUGCUCGCAUCCACGAGACCAAUCUGAAGAAACAGGGUUUACUUCCACUGACCUUUGCCAAUCCAGCCGAUUACGACAAGAUUCAACCCACGAGCAAGAUUUCGCUGGUCAAUCUGAACGGUUUGGCGCCUGGCAAACAAGUUGAAUGCGAGAUCAAGAACGGCGACAAGGUCGAUAAGAUCAAGCUGAAUCAUACACUCAAUGACCUGCAGAUUGGAUGGUUCAAGGCUGGCAGCGCUCUUAAUCGCAUGAAGGAGUUGGCCCAAUAAGUUACUUACAUCCACCCCCUCAAACACAAACACACACGCUCACACACAUAUAGUUACUUAUAUACCCGACUUUGAAACGCAAGCAAUCAGUUUAUGGUAUUGUUCUUUUAUUUUAGUUUUUUUCGAAUUGCUUUUUAUUCAGAUUAUAUUCAGUGUCAAAGUGCUAAUAGUAAAUGAUGUAAUCGAACGAUUGCGAGCAAAUUGUGAAACAGUUUUAUAUACAAUUUUACAUACAUUAUAUACGACAAACUUAUUUUAAUUACCUGUGUUUCUUUGCGAAUUUGUUUGCUGACCAUGCGAAUAAAAUUUAUAGAAAUAUGUAUGAGAAGAAAAAAAAAAAAUAAAACCA